AUGGUGCUACGAGGGAUUGUCAUAGUGGCAGCCAUCCUGCAGGUGCUUCAAUGUCGGGCUUCGAUAAAUGCUCUCAAUUCGGGUACAAGCUUUGAUAACACGGCGCUCUCGCCAACAAACCAAUUAGGGCGCGUCCACCCCGCAAAGAUUUCCAACAAACAAGAAACUCACACUGCACAAAUGGAGGAGCGAGGUUUCUUUGGCUUUGGCGACGAUAAAGAAGAUACCGGACCUCCUCCAUCGGUAAAUGAUGACGGCACGUUGGUGGUAACCACUCCAAUUCCAGGCGCUCCUCCCCAUCCAAGUUAUGCAGAGAUGAUGGAAAAAUAUGGCAGUUUGCUGAAAGAAUUUGAUACCAACCCGGGAUCUGGUCCUGAUUCAGGAUCCGAUUCUGAUGACGAUGACAGCUCAACUGGCGCAGGUAGUUCGGCCCCAAAAGCUGGGAGCCCGGUCACAAAAUCUGAUAGCUCGACCGCAAGUUCCGAUAAAAUGAAGAAAAUUCAGGCCUUGGCCGAUGCCACUGGCAUCUCCACCAGUGCUGCACCAACCUCGGCGACUAGCGCUGCACCAUCCUCGGCGACUAGCGCAGGCGCAGGAUUAGGCGCCUCUCCAGCUCUGACCAAUGACGAUCUUGGUGCUGAAUCUGGUUUAGGCGAUGUCACCGACGAAGAUAUGGAAAUGAUGAAAGAGUUGCUGGGGUCGAACCUUGAUGCUGGUGGAAGCAUGCUUGAUAUGGAUGAAUUCAUGGCGAAAUAUGGCGCGGCGAUCGAUGGUGGAGGGGGUCUUGGUGGUUCAAUGUUUGGUGGUUUUGGCCUUCUAGGUGAUCCAACACAACCAAAGAAUCUCACUGUUGAAGACGACGACAUUAUUCUUGGAGAACUUUACGGUGGCAAAGAACACGGUGAUGCCUUCUCAGACGUCCAGAAUAUUAAGUUUGGCCAGAUGUUCUUGAAUAUUUCCCUCUUUGGUGGUGAGCGCGUGGACCGAGUGGAACUCCUGACUAUUACACAAGAAACGUUAGUGACCAUGGCCCACGGUGGCAAAGGCGGACAACAGGGUUUUGUUGAACCUGAUUUAACCGACACGAUCACAUCAAUCGAGGUUCACUGGGAUAAAAACAAGGGAAAGACGUGUAUUUUUUACAUGAAAUUAACAACCUCAAAAAAUCACUUUGUUGCCACGGGUAUGAAAACCACCAACAGCGUGGUUAUAACACCACCCAAAGGCUAUCGAUUCGCUGGGUUCCACGGUCGCUCUAACAAAUAUGGCAUCUUUUGUAUUGGCGCGAUCUGGACUAAAGAAACUGCGUCUGACCUCAAUCCAAAUGAUGUGAUGGCCCUCCCGCCACAAGCUUCGUCUGAUGUCUAUGCAUACAAGACUACGAUUCGAAAUUGGGUUGGACCUGUACCAACUGCAGUUGAUGGUGCGUGCUAUCAAAAACGGUUUGAAGUAAGCCAUGAACGCUUGUGUCCGUCUGGCUACAACAAAAAUAAUGGCUGGUGCGUUGCUCAGUGUCCUCUCGACUACCCUCUUGAUUGUUUUAUGGAGUGUAUUCCCCAAAAUGCUGAUUGCGCUCAGACGGUUAUUGCUAAAGUUGGUGCGGUUCUGACCAUAGUUUUAAAUGCGGCAACAUUAGGUACCUACGGUGCGCUGAUAGCUGCUGGUAGAACGGCAAAGUUAGCACUUACAUGUGCCAUCAGCAUUCUUAAUGCAGUCAAGUCGCUCCUAUUCUACUUGCGAUACACACAAACUACGAUCCCCGUGACGGAUACUGAAAAGUUGAUGGACCACGCCUUCCAACUCCAAAUUGUUCUUCUAGAUUUGCCGCUAGCUAUUUGUUCUUGCUUCGGCAUAGAAAUUCCACCAAGACUGAUGUUUUCGAUUUUUGUAUUGAGUGUUGUUUCAGCUAUUGUCAUGAUAGCCGUCUCGAUUGGUGAAGCCUUAUUUGGGUCAAAAGAAAAUGUCAUGCUCAUGCUUCGAGAGUCGGGUGCUAUGAACACAUCCUCUCUGAGUGGUGAUACCAUAUAUCUUGAUGAGUUCCUGAAUAACAAAAGUACAACGUGUGGGUACCAAAUCAGAACCCUGACGAAUCGCGUGAUCGGCAAAGUCAUGGAAACGCGCAACAAUACGCCUAAUGCUGAUAUUGAGGAUGUGCGUGUUGCAGUGAGCAAAUCGACAAUUCUCACGGACGACAUUCCUAUUGUGACGAAUCAUUGCAUGGGUGAGAUAUGGGAGAACAAGACAUCUGCUGCGGCUUUUGAGACGCGUAACAUGUUGCGGAAAACACUGCGAGUGAUUAUCGAACAACUUAUUGAAGACGGAACGACCGACAUGGGCAAGGAGCUGCACCACAAGGAGAAAGUCUUUGAGUAUACUAACAUGGGUCUUUUCUUUCUCGCUAUGCUUGAUCCGACGGGUAUUGCGUGGGUGGCUUCCGAAUUUAUUCAACCCAUUUGCGGUCCAACAAUGUACAUUGGUGAGAUUGACGAUGGAACCUUGUACAACGCUUUGGGCCUAAAAACUAUGGACCAAGCAUUCAUUGGGAGCUAUGGGAUCUGGAAGAAAAAAGGUGAUGGUUCUGUAACAAUUCACUUUGAAAGUGUAGACAAAUAUGACGUGGCAGUGGUGAUUAAAAUUGCGGGUGAAGAGACUGAAGAGGUACGCGUUCCUUCUAAUGGCAACAUUACGUGGACAUCAACGGUGGAGAAGCUGCAGGAUAGAACAUUAUACUUAGAUCGUUGGCGUCCAGGCCUCUUUGGCAUUCCUGGUAAAGGGGGAGGAUCGCUUCUGAUGUGGAUUCCUCGAUCCUCUGAAGGUGGUAAGCUGAUUCUGCAUGCGCGCCUUAAUGUUAGCUAA